AUGUGUUUGUUAAAGUAUUGGAAAGCCAAAUCUUGUUAUAGGAAUGGUUUCAAUGAACUUAUUGAGGCAAGGCAUUUAUCGUCAUUGAGGAGUAAAGAAAUUGGCAUUGAAAAUAAUAAAUUUAUAAAGGAAGAAAAUACUAAUAGUAAUCUUGGUUAA